CUACUACGUCGGACAGGGGCCAACUUAACCGGUCAUAAGAGUAUAAGUACCAGGUGUAUUUCAACCAUUCUGUCGCCAAAUAUUCUCGCAAUGCAAAGUAACAGCCUAAUCACACCCAUUUUUAACAAUGGCCAGGUCCUAGUGAGCAUCCGCCAGGCCACUACUGAUUUCCUCCGACGCUGUGGCUUGCCACAUGCGAACAUCGCGAAUAUCGCUAUUGACAAAGUGUUAUACUCUGAAUGCUACCAGGAGGCCAUCAACCGUGGCUUUCCGAUGGACGGAAAAUAUUCCCUCCGCCCGUACAUGGACAUCGGUGUGGCCGUGUCCCAUAUUUACGCCCACCUUCCAGACCGUGCAACAAGGAUGUGGAUCUGCUUGUUCACUAUCCUCCUCAUCUGCAUCGAUGAUAUGAUGGAUAAAGGAGAUGACUUGGUGAACAUGUAUAGUUUUUACGAGCGCUUUGUGAACAAGCAGUCACAAGGCGAUCCAGUCCUAAAUGUGCUUGAUGCACUCUUACGGGACGUUGUUUGCUAUUAUUCCUCACCUGUGUCAAAUUUGAUUGUCACGUCCACAUUCGAUUUCAUAUCUUCUAUUUUGCUUGAUAACGAAACCAAGGACAUGCAGAUUUUGACAGAGACUCCAUCAUACCCCGAUUAUCUGGGGAUGCUGUCAGGCAUGCCAGCUGCAUAUUCACUCUUUAUUUUCCCUUCCACGCUCCCGCUCCAGGAAUAUGUUCAAUGCAUGCCGGAUCUAGCCAUUAUCAUCAAUCACACAAACGACAUACUAUCAUACUACAAAGAGGAAAUUGAAGGCGACACCAUGAACUACGUGUCACGUGUGGCAGUAUCUCGUGGUCUGACCAAACAGGACGCUCUGCAGGAAACCAUCGAGAAAACUGUGCAAGCGCAUCAUAAUAUCCUCAAGUGUCUGAGGCUGCAUGCUGAGACUUGCAACGCCUACGUCAGAUUUUUCUAUGGGUUUGCCAUCAAGUUCCACGCUGCCUUGAGACGAUACAAGCUGGAGGAGAUCACCUCCGAGUCAUCUCAUUGAUGGAUGCUACAAGUUCUUAUGAUACUUACUAUCCAUGCCCAUGUGUUGAUCACCAGCUCACUCGUGUUUGUAUCACCCAUAACCCUGCUACCUCUUGCGCUACUUGAUUGACUCCUUGUUUUAAUGUACAUUCCUGAAUAUGAG